AUGGGUGCAUAUUUUGGAGUUUCCACAAUAUUUGUUUUCUGUUUGUUGGGAAUAUCAGCCAAUGCUACGGUAUUCACCAUUGGUUCUUCUUCAAGUUCUGAUAUUACUCAGGCACUUCGGAAAGCCUUUACAUCGGCAUGCCAAUCUCCAUACCCGACCAAAGUAGUGAUCCCAAAAGGAGAAUUCAAGCUUGGUAUGAUCGAGCUUAGAGGUCCAUGCAAAGCUCCCAUCGAGAUCACCCUUCAAGGUACAGUCCAUGCUGACGGUAACACCAACCAUGGAGAAGAAAAAUGGGUCGUCUUCGGAAACAUCAAUGGGUUUAAGUUGAACGGAGGUGGAGCCUUCGACGGUGAAGGAAACGCAGCUUGGAGAGUCAAUAACUGCCACAAGACCUUCAACUGCAAGAAACUUCCAAUCAGUAUAAGGUUUGAUUUCGUGGAGAACGCUGAGAUUAGAGACAUUUCCUCUAUUGAUGCCAAGAACUUCCACAUUAACGUUCUUGGAGCCAAGAACAUGACCAUGACUAACAUCAAGAUCAUCGCUCCUGAAGAGAGUCCCAACACUGACGGUAUCCAUUUGGGAAGAAGUGACGGAGUCAAGAUCCUAAACUCCUUCAUCUCCACCGGAGAUGACUGUAUCUCCGUUGGAGAUGGGAUGAAGAACCUUCACGUGGAGGGAGUUACUUGCGGUCCAGGACACGGAAUCAGUGUCGGAAGCCUUGGAAGGUACGGACACGAGCAAGAUGUUAGUGGCAUUAUGGUCAAGAACUGCACUCUCCAAAACACCGACAACGGUCUUAGGAUCAAGACAUGGCCAUCUGCUGCUUGCUCCACCACCGCCUCCGAUAUUCAUUUCGAAGAUAUCAUUCUCAAGGACGUUAGCAACCCAAUCCUCAUCGACCAAGAGUACUGCCCUUGGAACCAAUGCAACAAGCAAAAAGCAUCAACGAUUAAGUUGGUGAACAUAAGCUUCAAGAGGAUCAGAGGAACAUCAGGAAACAAGGAUGCAGUGAAGCUAUUGUGUAGCAGGGGAUAUCCAUGCCAGCAGGUGGAGAUUGGAGACAUUGAUAUUAGGUACAAUGGAGCUGAUGGUCCAGCCACUUUCCAGUGCUCAAACGUGAGUCCCAAACUCAUGGGAAAUCAGAUCCCUAGAGCUUGUGGCAGUCCAGUGACCAAGACAAACUAA